CCGCCAAUCAACCAUCCCGAGUUCCAAUGCCGACGUCGUCUUCGUUCUCGCUCUUUCUAACGACGAUGCUCUGGACGCUUGCUUCUGCCUUUAUGAAUCCCCGAACUUUUCUUCAGCUGGGGAGCUCGUCCGGAGCCAGAGGCACUGGCAAUUACUUGACGACGGAGGAGUUCUGGUUCGAUCAGACUCUCGACCACUUCUCGCCCUACGACAGCCGCAAAUUCCCGCAGCGCUACUACGAAUUUCUCGACUACUUCAGAACGCCUGACGGACCCAUUUUUCUCAGAAUUUGCGGAGAAGCCGCGUGCAGCGGCAUUGCUAACGAUUACCUUAGUGUGUUGGCUAAGAAGUUUGGGGCAGCUGUGGUUUCGCCUGAGCAUCGAUACUACGGAAAAAGCUCUCCUUUCAAAUCGCAUACAACGGAGAAUUUGAGGUACUUGUCAUCCAAGCAAGCUCUUUUCGAUUUGGCGAUUUUUCGUGAGUUUUACCAGAAUUCAUUAAAUGUGAAGCUGAAUAAGACCAAGGGUGAAAAUCCAUGGUUUGUGUUUGGUGUUUCGUAUGCGGGAGCUCUUAGUGCGUGGUUUCGGGUUAAAUUCCCGCAUUUGACAUGUGGAAGUGUUGCAAGUUCUGCUGUUGUUGGAGCUGUUUAUAACUUCACUGAAUUUGACCAGCAGGUUGGUGAGUCUGCAGGUCCACAAUGUAAAGCUGCACUGCAAGAAACUAAUCGUCUUGUUGAACAAAGGCUUGCUACUAACCGGAAAGCAGUAAAGGCGUCGUUUGGUGCAACGCAGCUUGAUAUUGAUGAUGAUUUUAUGUAUUUUCUGGCCGAUGCUGCUGUUACAGCGUUUCAAUCCGGAAUUCCGGAUAAGUUAUGCUCCCCUCUUGUUCAAGCAAAGACAAAUGAAGAGGAUUUGGUGGAAACAUAUGCUAGAUACGUUAAAGAUCAUUAUCUGGGAAGUUUUGGUGUUGAUAUCGAAACAUAUAAUCAGAAGCACUUGAAGAAUACUGCUAUUAGUGAGGGCAGUUCUGAUAGAUUGUGGUGGUUCCAAGUUUGUACUGAAGUUGCAUAUUUUCAGGUGGCACCUGCAAAUGAUAGCAUCCGGUCUUCAAAAAUUGACACAAGAUACCAUUUAGACCUUUGCAAGAGUGUUUUCGGAGAGGGCAUCUAUCCUGAUGUUGUUGCAACAAAUCUAUACUAUGGAGGCAAAAAAAUUGCAGGUUCAAAAAUAGUUUUUACAAAUGGUUCGCAGGAUCCCUGGCGUCAUGCAUCCAAACAGACUUCAUCACCAGAUAUGCCUUCCUACGUCAUCUCUUGCCAUAAUUGUGGCCAUGGAACUGAUUUGAGAGGAUGUCCUCAGUUUCCUUUCCCCCCUAAAGGCAAUUCCCAAAACUGCAGCAACCCUGAUGCAGUCAACAAAGUAAGGCAACAAAUUGUGGAACACAUUGACUUGUGGCUUUCUGAAUGCCAAGAAACUGGUAGGAGUUACAUGUAAUGCAUAUUUAUCUGAUGUUCUACAACAGCAGCAGGCACCUAGAAUGACAGUCGGAGAGAACCCGCAAAUCCACCAGGAGUCUCCUAUUCUUUUGCCGGAUGCCAAUGCCGAUGGACGUGUAAAAGUUGAUACUAAAUUGAUUGCUUUGAACAUGAAGCCUCAUCGGAUGACAAGCUUCAGACAAAGAGCUUAGAGUGUGUUUAGUACCAUCUGCUUGAUCCUGGGUCUGUUUUGAUUAUAGCUUGUAUCUCAACCCUGCAAUGUUUGACAAUUUGAUCAAAACUUGAUUUUUAGGUCUUCUUUUAAAG